AUUUGUAAAAAUAUUUGUCCAAAUUUAACUUUUCCAUGUAAAUUUCACUUUUCAAUGUACUUUAGUUACUUUUUCUCUCUAUUUUUUUACAUACCAAAUGUAAAUUUACUUUUUCAAUGUACUUUAAUUAUUUGUCUUUAAUUCCCGUGAUUUUUUAACAAAAGUGACUAUGGAGUACUAGUCAAUAAGCUAAUAUUGAUUGUUAAAAAAAAAAAAAAAAGGUAAUAUUGAUCAAAUAAAACUAAUUUAACCCAAAUAAUGAAAUAAAUUAUUUACCAAAUACAACAAUAUCUUUUUGUCUAAAAUUUCUCUCCAAAUAGAGCGUUCUAAAUUUGAAGUUUGGCGCUAAAUCACAGAAAUCUUUCAAAACCCCUCCAAAAAUUUUGAAAAUAAAAAAAAAUAAAAUAAAAUUCCACAAGUUCUUUUUUUUUUUUUUUUUUUUUUUUUUUGGUGAAGGAAAUUCCACAAGUUCUUUCACUAUGCUCCGUACAGUUUAACAAUUACUUUGAAUCAAUUCUCAGAAAAAAUUAGCAUUGAAUCAAUAAGAUAAAUCUACAGAUGAAACCAAAAGGUUCUACUCCAAUUAGAGCAUCUGGGCAACGUUCAAUUCUUUCCACCUUCAAUCAUCAAUAUGCUCAACCAUGCUCUACCAAUCAUUCAGAUGGGUCAGGUGUGCUUUCAAACAAGAACAAACGUGGUUCCAAUCUCUCUUUUACUGAUUUCCUUAAUCGCAAGUUACAUACAACUUCCGUUCUUCCUUUUGAUAAGGAUGACAAAACAUUCUCGGUGGUCAAGAACGAGACUUCUCCCUUGGCAGCAAACUGCAAUCCAAGAACUAAAUCCAUUUUGAGAGGUGAGCAAUAUGAUUGCGAAGGACCUCGUGAUGAAAAGGGGCACGUGAUUGAAGAUUCAGUGUUUAAGCUGUUCAAUGAUUCAGGAGGAAACAAAAAGAGGUCUUCUGAAUGCUUGAAUGCAGAUCCAUCACAAUCAGAAGGUGCUUCAAAGCAGCAUAGUCAAAAUCAUUUGUUAGUCCUAGGAGAUGACCCCAAGCCAAAGAGAAGAUCCCUUGGAAGAAAUACCUGUAGCAAUAAGAAACAAAGGCCUCUUUAUAACCAUUAUGAAAAUGGAACUGGUUUCUGGGAACCUGAGAGAGAAGGUAUCGACAGUGCUGAAGUUGGGAGCACGGAAAUGUGGGAAGGCAUGGGUUCAACAACCACACUCGGGGGACUAGAUGAAUUAAGCACUUUUGACCACCUUUAACUAUUAACCAAUGCGUUUGUACUACCAUGGUAUGAUUAAGCAAUCUGACUUCUCUGUAAAUGAGGACUCACGCCAAAUUCUACUUACAUGUUGAAUCUCUAAGCAAGUUUAUACUAUAUAUAUGUGUAGAUAACUAGAUACUAAUAUCCUAAUAUCUGUGAUCCUUGUUUUUGGGCGUGCAAAUAAUGGGCGAGAUCAAAGGAUCUUUAGGAGAUCAAUGGACAACUCAUCAUAGAACCAACUGUCGUUUUCAAUAUCUUAUGAACAAUGCAAGAGAUUUGAUCAUUUGAUGCCAUAAGUUGGCUUUAAGGUUUGAUUUAAAUAUCAUAGAUAGGGUCAAAAUAUUGGAGUUUCUCAACCCUUGAAACUCGAAUAAUGCUUGUGUCUUCUCAAAGUUCGCUUUGGAAUAAUUUAGUCACAGUCUCUGUAUUAUGUAAAUUAAACUAGAAAGAUGCUUGAAUGAUAUGUGAAUA